UGUGUAGUUUUUAAUCGCUUUCUUUUCGUGCAAUUAAAUAGCCAAAAGACUCAUUUCCCAACAUUCAUUGCUCUACGCAAAUCCAAGCGAAGGUGAGCUGUACCCAGGGGUUGCCAGUGUACCAGGCCGGCCUGUUUUGGGUGGCAGGAUGCCUGGGGUGGAGAGUGGCUCAGGUGGUCUGGCUGAUGACGAGGUGGUCCUGGAGACCCUGAAGUGUUUCUGCAGCUCACCAGAACAGACCUACGACCAGUUCCUGUCCUCCUUCACACACCUGACUUCAGGGAGUGCUGGGAGUGGACACACGACUCUGCCCUCUGGACCCAGUCAUCUCUCUGGGGAGAUGGAGAGAUCAGGGGUGUUGAGGAGGAAUGGAGAAGAGGAUGCAGCAGAAGAGAGGAGAGGACAGCAGCGUGUCUGUGUCCUGCCUGCUGAUCAGGAGGAGGUGGAGCUAGGUGCUGGAGUGACUGUGGGCAGCUGUGGAAAUGGAGACUGUCGUCCACCAGGCAUAACUCUCAAGCUGGAUAACUACCUGGAUGUUGGGGACUUCAGUGAGGAGGAAGGAGAUGUAACUGCUGACCCAGAUGGUGGGGUUCGGGUUCUACCAGGGGAGGUGGAGGAGGAACUCCCUGCCUACCUGCCCUCCUUCUGUCACCUGACCCAGCUGGACCUGACCUCCACAGGCAGGAGGACGGGGACACGAGGACAGCAGCAGGACACGCCACCACAGGGACAGAGUGACAGUGAAGAGGUUUUGCCUUUCAACCUGGAUGAGAACUUUGACUACGACAAUGUUGUGCUGUCUAGCAAACAUCUCCUACCACAGUCCAACACUGGUGUAUGACCUCUGUGCAGGGACCAUUGUCUGGGAGAGCCUUGUGUCAUAUACCACAUCAAAUUACCCAACUUACCAUUUAACUGGACUAAUAAACCACUCCUGAAAACAG